UCGGCUCUUCUCAGUUCUCACUUGAACAAGAGCCGAAAAGGAUUUGUAGUUCCUUUCAUUCAAGAAAUGGAAGCUUCAAUAUCCCUGAGAGCAGCUGCAAAUACACCAACAAGGGUGGUGGCCCUGCAGUCAAUCCAUCUCAAACCCAGAUUAAGAUUUUUCAAGCCAACCCCAGUUGGAAGGUCAAUGGCACACAACACCCCUCUAAGCAUUCAAGCUCAAAAGUCUGAAUUGAAAGAAGCUUCAGCUGAAAUUACUGAGAGAGAUGCUCUUAAGAUUAAGGAAUGGGAAGUUGGGAUGUUUCAAGAUGAGGUUGCUGGAAGCCAAGGUAUAAGAAUCAGGAGGCGUCCGCCAACGGGGCCUCCUUUGCAUUAUGUGGGUCCUUUUGAGUUUAGAAUUCAGAAUGAGGGGAAUACCCCACGUAAUAUACUUGAAGAGAUUGUGUGGCACAAGGACCUGGAAGUAUCUCAGAUGAAAGAGAGAGAGCCUCUUCCCGUGUUGAAGAAAGCUCUUGAGAAUGCUCCGCCAGUUAGAGACUUUAUUGGAGCACUUAAGACAGCAAAUUUGCAAACUGGAUUGCCUGGUCUAAUUGCUGAAGUCAAAAAGGCUUCUCCCAGUAGAGGAGUUUUAAGGGAAGAUUUUGACCCUGUUGAAAUUGCUAAGGCCUAUGAAAAAGGUGGAGCAGCAUGCCUCAGUGUAUUAACAGACCAGAAAUACUUUCAAGGAGGCUUUGAGAAUUUGGAGAAAAUAAGGAAUUCAGGAGUGAAGUGCCCUCUCUUAUGCAAAGAGUUUGUUAUAGAUGCUUGGCAAAUAUACUAUGCUCGCACAAAAGGCGCAGAUGCAAUCCUGUUAAUUGCUGCUGUUUUACCUGAUCUUGAUAUCAAAUACAUGACUAAGAUCUGCAAAUUGCUUGGUUUAACACCACUUGUGGAGGUACAUGAUGAGAGGGAGAUGGAUCGUGUUCUUGGGAUUGAUGGGAUUGAACUUAUUGGAAUAAACAACCGUAACCUCGAAACAUUUAAGGUUGACAUCAGCAAUACUAAAAAUCUUCUUCAAGGAGAACGUGGGAGAAUAAUCCAAGAAAGAGGCAUAAUUGUCGUUGGUGAGUCUGGACUUUUUACACCUGCUGAUAUUGCAUACGUGCAAGAAGCUGGCGUCAAAGCGGUUUUGGUUGGAGAGUCAAUUGUUAAGCAGGAUGAUCCAACCAAGGGAAUUAUCGGACUCUUUGGUAAAGAUAUAUCAUGUUGAAGACCCCUUCUUUUUAUAUCAUGGAGAAAAGUAUGAAAAGAGAAUUCUCUAAGUUGAAACUUGUGGAGAUUUUGUUUUCUUUGGAAUGUUGUAUACUAAGUUCCUUUUCUUUUUUUGCAUCGUAACAACCCCAAAUUCCUCUGUUGUUGAAUGUAUUAGAAUUGGAAUU